UCUCCACAAUGAAGUUCUUCAUCUGCACUUUGGCAUUGCUGGGCGUGGCUCAGGCUGGCCUGCUGCCCCAUUUGGAGCACGAUGUGCACCACGAGGAGCUGCCACCCUACGUGGACAGCGAUAUCCACCAUUCCGAUGGCAUUCAUUUGGGCCACAGCUCCGCCAUAGUGAUCGAUGGUAACGACCACCACGUGGACGCUGUGCCUCAUCCCGUCUACCACCACGAUGGCUACUCUGCGCACUUGGAUCACGACGUGCACCACGGCCAUUUGGAGCAUGUGCACGCUCCGGCCAAGAUUGUCAGCCACGAGCCCAUCCAUGAAGUGGAGCCAGUCCAUCAUGUGCACAAGGUGGUGCACGAUGAGCCACACCACUUCCUGCACUACAGGAACCCCGUGGUCGAUCAUCACAUCAUCCACAACAACGCGCACAUCGAUACGCACGCCCAUGCCCACGCCGAUCUGCACCACUAUGCCCACCACUCAGCUCCGCUGGUGCACCACCACCACUCGGCUCCGCUGGUGCACCACCACAGCCACGCCGCUGUGGUGCACAAGACCAUCUACCCCGCCCACCUGGAUGUCCAUAGCCACGCCAACCUGCUGGCCUUUGCCAAGCACCACUUGCACGGUAAAUACGGCAAAGUCAGGAUCACGGAGACGCAUUACUGAGA